AUGGCGGCAGCCUCAUCCAUCCAGCCGCCGAGCGUUCACUCUUCUCUAGCCCGGGAUAGCGCACUUUCCCCGGAGAUGGACAGCCCCGAGAGCCGGCAGCACGAGGACGAGGAGGCGGCGGCAGCGCAACCCCCGGACUCCGGGAUUAGCCUCCGUGACCUGCCGGACCUGGAGCCCGAGGAAAUCGAGAGGAGGCUGGCCAAAACUCGCAAGGAGCUGAGCAACAGGAGGAAAAUCCUCAUUAAGAACCUGCCGCCUGACACCACCAACCAGGAAGUCCAUGAAAUUCUGAAAGAAUAUGAACUGAAGUACUGCUUUGUGGACCGCAACAAAGGCACAGCUUUUGUGACUUUGCUGAACGGGGACCAGGCUCAGGAUGCCAUCCGCUCCCUCCACCACAGCACUGUCCGUGGGCGUUUGAUCAACGUCACCCUGCAGCCCACCGACUCCCUGCUGUGCCUCACCAACCUGCCCCACACCUUCACCGCCCAGCAGUUUGAGGAGCUGGUGCGCUCCUAUGGGAACAUCGAGCGCUCCUUCCUGGUGUACAGUGAGCUCACGGGUCACUCCAAAGGAUAUGGGUUUGUUGAAUACAUGAAGAAGGAUUCUGCUUCACGGGCCCGCUCGGAGCUCCUGGGCCGCCCAAUGGGGGAUCGCUCGCUGAUGGUGCAGUGGAUGGACGUCAACCAGCUGAGCCAGGAGGAAAACCUGCACUCCAAGUGUCUGUGCGUGGACAGACUGCCCCUGGACCUCUGUGACUCUGAGGAGCUAACCCAGCUCUUUUCCGACACGUAUAAACCCGUCUUCUGCCAGCUUGCUCAGGAUGAGGGCAGUCCAGUGCGAGGGUUUGGCGUGGUGGAAUAUGAGAGCGCCGAGCAGGCAGAAGCUGUGCUGAUAGAGAUGGACCGAACCCUGGUGGGAGGACAGGAGGUCCGUCUGUCACUCUGUACCCCCGGCACCUCAGGGAGAAGCACCUUGGCUGCACUCAUUGCUGCCCAGGGUAUGAUUCUGAGUAACAGGAAAGGUUUGCUACCAGAACCAAACUUGGCUCAGCUGCUGACCAGUAUGACGAACCCCGCUGCUCUGCAGAUACUCAUGAGACCAUACCACACUGGGAAAAGAGGAGGAAAAUACGGGCGUCACACCAGCCUGCCGUUCCUCAGACCUCCCCUCACUACAGCCCUGCUCACACUGGGAAAAGCACACCAGAAUGCCAUGUUUGGAAAUGGACUAGUCCUCCAGAACCUUUUGCACAUGCAGCUGGCACAGCAACAGCUUCUACACAUCAAAGACAAACGCAUCAGCAGCGUCUCCAGUCUGCUCGGGGACCCGUCCAGACUGCUCAUGCAGAAAGCCUUGUCUCUGCGACCUCCAGGCCUCGUGCAGCUGGGGAAAGGCCUCCUGGGAGACUCUCCUACAGAGUUGGGACAGGAGUCAGUUCCAGCAUCUACCCACAAUGCCACAGUAGUGGUUUCAGCAGCAGGUGUCAUGCCGUACCUCCAGGGUCGGGCUGUAGGAGGAGACCUACCUAGCCACAGCACCCAUUCUGUGACUACGACCCCUUCUGCUUCCUCCUCUUCUUCCUCCUCUUCUUCCUCUUCCACCUCCUGUGACAACAGGCAGCCAGCCCCUCCAGGGACGAUGGUGAGCGCCCAACCGCAGGGACAGAGCUAUUCCUUGGGUAUAAGUAACUCAGGCCUUGGCCCGCCUCCGCCUAAACCCCCUGGAGGAGUUUACACAACAACAGGCCAGCACAACAGCUCAGACAGCUGCCUCCUGGUAAACAGUGGACAGAGUUCUUUGUUGGGCGAUCCUCCUAAAGAAGUCAGGCUGCCUUCUAAUCCUUACCUAAACCUGGCAAGUGUAAUGCCAGGAGUAGUUCUGCAAGGCUCAGUGGGGAGCAAAGCCCAGGGAGGACAACCCAGCUCUGCAGUUUACAACAGCUCAGUCGCUCCUGUGGUCUCCCAGGGCUCCGGCUCCUACUCCCACAGUGCAGCAGCUACGACCGCUGCCCCGUACAGCACAGAUUCCUCCACUGACUACAGCCAGUACAACCAAGCAUACACACAGGAGGCCAUGCAGCAGUGGUACCAGCACUAUCAGGCGGCACAAGCCCACAGCUACAGCACUGCCGCGCCACAGGACAGCACGGCCGCAGACUACAGCAAGGAGCACACUCAGACUCCAACUGUGUCCACCUAUGGAGAUUACAGUUCCUACAUGCAGGCAGUCACUCAAUACUACUCCCAGCCAGCAACAGCCAAUCAGGGCUACGCCAGCAAGGAGGUGGAGGUGUGUAAGCCUCUGGGAGUGUCCCUGCAUGCGGUCAGUAAUGGCGCAGCUCCUCCCCCGGCCGUCCUACCUGCCGCCGCUGUGCUCCCAGCUUACAGCACGCUGCCCUUAAUGCCCGGCUUCCUCGGGGCACCGCACCCAUCUGCGGCCGCACCGAACCCUGUCACACACGCACACACCGCUGCUGCGGACUGGAACACCUAUUACUAUAACCAGACGAGGGGCCAUAAGAGGGAGUAUCCUCAGCUGGCAGUGCAGGAAGUUACGGCAUCCGAUGGGGCCUACAUCGGGCAGCACUCGCAAGGCCUGGGGGGGCAGUACGCUGACUACUUUAAGAGGAAGAGGCUCUAGUUUGAACCGAACCACCUUGAAGCCUAAAAGCUUAGGGGAGGGAGGCGCAAACAGCUGGAUGUCUGCUGGAUGUCACAGCUCCCUCUAGUGGCCUUUCUGUGGCUGCCAUUUUGCAGUCCUACAAAAGUCAGUGUUGAGUUUGGAAGAUUUAGGUUUGCAGAUGGCUCGAGUGAAAUGAAGCCAUAGUGCUCUUUGAUCUUGGCACGUAUGUACACACACGCACACACACAUAUAUAUACACACAGUGUUAUUUUUGUCCUGUUCAAGCCUUAACUCUUUAACUUAAGCUGUUGUUUCACAGUCAGUGUGUUAACUGUACUUAACUACUAUUAUCUUGUACAAUUUUUCUAAUAUAUCAUGUAAAUUGAAGUAUAUUGCAUCUGUAUGUACAAGCUGCUUUUGUAUUUGCAAGCAGGGCGGCCCGCCGUCUGCCUCUCAAACUGUCUUAGGACU